UUACCUUCCAACCCUUCGAACGCUCUACCACGUCAACCUAGGAAAAAACUGGACAGGCCUGCAGCCUACAUCAACAUAGAAUUAUGCAAAGUGGGUGACCCAACAUCGAUGUAGGCUCUAGACCUGUUUAGUUCUUUUCUUAUAUGAAUGCUACUAGAUAGAUGAGGUCCUUGUUCGCACGCAAUGGUCCCAAUUCUAUCAGUGAACUUGUCUUGAUGAUUGUCUAUCAAUGUCACCUUCCUCUCCGCGUUCAACGCGGCUUCCUCGAGGCCUCGCGCCUUCGCAACAGCUGCUCAUACCCCGGUAUCCGGCAGGAAGCGCGUGCAGGUAGAAAGAAGCUAAUGAUGUACAUCAAACUUGGAAAUGUAGCACCUCUUUCACCUUAGUCCAUCACAUCGCCAGAACAUGGAUAGCCACAAUCUUCAUGCAAACAUAAUGCAGCUCCGGUUGGAACUGCAAGGAACACGCUACCCAUGACCCUUCCGCCACCCCGUCCAAAAGAAUUCUUCCGCUACACUGAUCCCAUCGGCUUCACCUAUAUAUGCAUUCUCGCUGUACGACCGGCGAACUCUAAGUGGUUUCUCAAAGCUUUCAUAGGAGGGUUCAAGGAGGCAUCUCAAAACACCAUCGAGCUUCACGAUGACGAUCCUCAGAACUUCGAAUACAUGCUGAGGUUCUUGUACACAACGGAGAUGGCCAUUCCGUCUCUUACGAAAAAUGCAAACAGCAAACAGAAGAUCCAGCGGAAAAUAUUGAUCCCCAUCGGUGUCUUUAUCUUGGCGGACAAGUAUGAGAUCGGACGUCUUCUUCGACAUACAAAGAGCCAGGUCGAGUCAGGCAUGCGCAACUACAGCAAUCUCUUCGAAGACGACGUCACUAUUCCAAUUAUAGUUGCGGCAUACUACAGCAACUGCGCGCGUGCUGAGAGUGGCACGGGGGCCGUCAUAGCAAGGGGAAUGAUAGACCACGCCACACGGUGGUUGCGUUUUGGAAAUUUGGAUACUCUUAAGGGUAUAGUCAUCCACAGCGGUCACUUUGCGGCAGAUCUUAUCAUCGCGAUGAGAAGCGCAGAAAAAACAUGACAGUAGUGGAAACAGGAAUGAAGAUAUGCAUCUAAUCUCAACAUCAAAGACAGGGAAAGCGGAAGCAUGCUGCAAGGUCGAAGGACAUAGAUUUCUCUUAAGUGGUCUGCUCUAUCUGGUGUGUCUGGACUCUUUAGAUGGGAAUUGCCCUAAACAAAAGAUCUCAAUCAAAGCACAGUGGAAAUACGAACCCUACUUCCGAAUCA